UUGCAAACAGAAGAAGGACAACAACAAAAGAUGGCAACAACCGCCCUGCACGUCGUUGAAAACUUGCGAGGGCAGCCGGUCGUGGGCUGCACGGAUGUGCUGGUGACCUGGGAUCGGCCGAGCGCAUCCACAUCUUCCCACAUUUACCGCCUGUACCGGCGCCCAAAGGCUGACGACGCCCAUUGGACAAAGGUCGCCGAGGGAAAGGACGUCACAGAGGCAAGGGCAGGCCAGCUCAAGCCAUACACGCUGUACGAGUUUUGCGUUCAGACCAUCGGCCUUGUCACCGGCGACGGGCCAAAGUCCGCGCCCAUCACCGUGCGCACGCCCCCAGCUGCCCCUGGAGACAGCCCGCAGAACUUCCGCGUGACUGCGCGGACCACAGAUACGAUCACCGUUGCCUGGGAGCCGCCAAAACAGCCACAUGGACCCCUCACAUCCUUCCAUCUCUUCUAUGAUGAUCCAUCACGAGCAGACUAUGUGGAAGUGAGCCUGCCCGCCACAGCAACUACCUACACGGCACGGCACCUGUUCUCAGGCCGCCCGUACCGCUUCCAAAUCUUUGCUAGCACGGGCGCAGGGGAAGGCCCCCACACGCCUAUCCUCGUCACGGAGACGGCACAGUCGCUCACAGAGCGCGUGGCAACCGCGCACCGCGCCACAUCCUCCCAAUCGUCCUCGUCAACAUCAACCGUGCCGGGGUCCAUCUCGGGGAGAGAGCAAGUGACAUCGCGAGUGCAGUUUGUGGAGGAAGCAAAGCCCACGCCAAUCACCCGUGGAUCGCUCACCGCGAUGAUCCCAGCAGGCCCUCGCACGUCGACGCGCGCACAAGAUGUGGCGGGCCAGUUGGGUCGAACAACACUGAGUGAGGAAGCAGAGACAGUGGCCACUGGCAAUGACACGGCGCUCCCCGGCGAGACGACGGCCAAUCGCAGCGAAGACACACGCGCAGGAACACCACCACAAGAUGAUGCGUCAAAGCAAGAUGCCGGAACAGGCUCCCGUCGCAAGCCCGGCUUUACGCUCAUGGCACCUCGAUCAACCUCCGAUCAACCGAGCGUACUGCAGCGUUGGCAACAUGGUCAAGACAAAGACUCGGGGCAAGGUGGCCAAGCAUCCGCCCGCCAGAAGCCAACGCGGGUGGAGGUGCUGACUGGAAAUCAGGUGUCACGCGGUGCGUUUGUGCGACAAGACACCGGCACGCCAAUGGAAGCAGAUGAGGUGCUGAGGUCCAUCCGCAGCACCACGGGCACGAUUCGAGGCAAGCGGCAUGGCGUGCGCGCCAAGUUGGAGGUCCUCACGCACCGCGGCGUCGCACUUCAGGACGACGAGCUCUCACGCAUCUACGAGGAGGAGCGGGAUGGCAGCAUUGUCGUGUACAUCUCGGGGGUACAGGCUGUGCGAGAAACUUUCCAGCGAUGUGAAGACAUCAAGAAGCUGCUGUACAACCUGCGGCUCAAGGUCGUGUACAAGGACAUCUCCCUCGAUGCUGGUUAUGCAAGCGAGCUGAAGAAGCGAUGUGGAGCCGGCGCAACCGUGCCGCAAGUGUUUGUCAACGGCAUCCACUUUGGGGACUACAAACGGGUGAUGGAGAUGAACGAAGCCGGAGAGCUGCAGCCGACAUUGCAGGGAUUCGAGCAAGAGAAACCGGUCGAGGAGUGCUCCGCGUGCGGUGGACGUGGCUUCAUCAACUGUACUUGGUGCCAAGGCUCCAAGAAGAGCAUCGCCCACCCAUUCGAUCACAGCGGAUCACAGAACAAGGCGCUCCGCUGUACCGUCUGCAACGAAAUUGGCCUCAUUCGAUGCCCAAGGUGCUAGCUCGCAAUGUGGUGUGCGUGUUUGUUUGGAGAAUGGGAGGGAAUUGCCAAGGGAAGCUGAAGAUGUUCGCAUUGCUUGCUGGUGCGGUUUUGGCGUGGUGGUGUGUGUAAUGUGCGGGUGUCCACUGAAGCAGUCAUGGGAAUGGCAGAGACCUUGUGUAACAUAAACGAUCUCAAAAG